AUGUCCGACCCCGAUGCCGACGCGGCCGCCGUGACCCUCGCAGCCGGCGCCGAGCCCUUUGCCCUCGUGCCCGUCAUCGCCGAGCUCCUGCGCACCCGCUACUGCGUCCCGGGAUCCGUCUUCCUCGUCGAGGACGUGCGGUCCCUCGCCGUGACGAGAAACGGCCGGUGGCGGACCAAUCGCCUGCUCCUCUCCGACGGCGAGCUCUGCGUCCAGGCCCUCCUCGACGACAAGAUGCACCGCUUCGCCGCCGCCGGCACCGUCUCGGCCGGCUGCUACGUCCGCCUGCACGCCUUUGAGCUUCAUCGGCGGCCCGUGCCCUCGACGGCCGCCGUGGACGACGCCGAGGGAGGCGCCGCCGAGCGAAGCGUGCUGUUUCUUGUCGUCCGGGACCUAGUCACGGUUGGGUGGAACGCCUGGGUCAGGGCCGCCCUGGGGAAGCCGGAGACGGACGCGGCCGGUGCCGACAGAAGCGACGACUGCCGCCACGGCCGAGAGGAAAUGCCCACCGAGGAGCGGGCACCGGUAGGUCUGGUGAUGCCGCCCGACGACGCAUCUGACGAUGCCGACGAGAGCGGCCACGGCCGGCACGGUAGGGACAAACGUCCGGCCGAGGAGCCGUCCCCGCAAGGCCGCACCGUCUCGUCCUCGGACGCCUUUGCCGACGCCGACGACGCCGACCUCGAGGCCGCCUUCGACACCUUGGGUGCCCUCGCCUUUCCGGAUGAGCCGAGCCGGCGGCAUCCCGUGGCCACGUCCGUCCAGCCAAUCCCCCUCCCCAAGGACUGGCACGAUGCCCAGACGCCCCUCAAGCUCACGACGCUCUGCGCCGUCCCGAACCUGCCCUUUCCGCAGAACUGGUCCGUCAACGUGCUCGUCGUCGUCGCCUCCCUCUCGCCCGUCGAGCCGUCGCACCUGCCGCCCUACCGCCAGCGCGUCGCCCGUCUCGCCGACCCCUCGACCUCAAAGCGCGUUCACCUCACCGUCUUCCUCGACCCCGAGAGCUUCACGCCGACCGUCGGCAGCGCCGUCCUCCUGACGGGCGUCAAGAACCACCGGUUCGACGGCGGCAGCCUCAAAAAGUACGAGAGCGACGGCCGCCGCCUGCGGGGUGGCCGCUGGUGGUUCGAGGAUCCCUGGGACAUGGCCUGGUGCGACGUGCGAGGCAUCAAGGAGUGGUGGGCGCAGGUGGAAGCCGCCAUGACCGACGACCUCGCGCCGCCCUGA